UUAAAUUGUUUACGCGCGUCUUCGCCUCACGACCACAACACAGAUUUGUAGUGUCGAACAAGAAAGACAAGAACCCGGGUUUUAAAAAACAAUAACGAAUAUGUUUAAUUUUAUACAUAAAUAAACGUAUACUGGUUUGACGGGAACCAGUGAACAAAUUCAUAUCGAAGAGUGAAUAAACAGCGGAAUGAACAAGUUACUCCUUUUCCUAGCGGCAUUUGUUGCCUAUGUAGCGGCCGAUCUUGAAACGGACGGCAAAGAAUUCUUUAGGGGAGUGCACCGAAGAUGUCAAGAGGAUCCGAAGACGGGAGUUCCAGAAGAGCAAGUCAAAAGAAUGUUCCAGGGUAACUGGGAGAAUGACCCCAAAUUAAAAUUACACAUGGUGUGCAUGUACCGUGGAUUCAAUUAUAUCGAUCAAUAUGGGAUUAUAAAUAAAGACCUCUUAAAAGCACAGUGGUCAAGCUUGUACAACAAAGAAGAUUUUAAAAAACUUCUUAAAUGUAUGGUACAAAAAUGUAACACAAUUGACACUGUAUGGGCUUUGGCAAAAUGUAAAAGUGACACUGUUGGAACAGUUGUCGAAUUAGAAACAUUGUGGUAUGAUAAGGGAGACAACAACUGAUUUAUUUAUUAUUACUUUUACUUUUUGUAUUAAAUUCGUUUUACAAUGAAUUAUUAUUUAUU